UGGCGGGGCCCGGUGCCGCUCGGCGGGCAGUGCUGGCGAUGGCGGCGGCGGGAGCGGGCAGGAUGGCGGGGCUGGCGGGGAUGUCGGCGCGGCCGUUGGGGGCGGCGGAGCCGCUGUCGCUGGGGUCGCUGCAGGGGAAGGUGCUGCUGGUGGCCAACGUGGCGUCGCUCUGAGGCACCACCACCCGCGACUUCCUGCAGCUCAACGAGCUCCAGCGGCGCUUCGGGCCCCGCGGGCUGCAGGUUCUCGGCUUCCCCUGCAACCAGUUCGGCCACCAGGAAAAUGCUACCAACGAGGAAAUCCUGCUGUCGCUGGAGCACGUUCGUCCCGGCAACGGGUACAAGCCCAAUUUCAUCCUGUUCGAGAAGUGCGAGGUGAACGGGCAGAACGCGCACCCCCUCUUCACCUUCCUGAAAGAGGCCCUGCCCUUCCCGCACGAUGACCCCUCCUCGCUGAUGACCAACCCGCAGUACAUCAUCUGGUCCCCCGUCUGCCGCAACGACAUCGCCUGGAACUUCGAGAAGUUCCUCAUCGGCCCCGACGGCGUCCCCUUCAAACGCUACAGCCGGCGUUUCGAAACCAUCAAGAUCCAGGAUGACAUAGAAUUGCUUCUGCAGAAGGUUCCCCAGAAUGCUCCCCAAUAAAGUGGGGACCCCGCAGCAUCUGAAGCCCGGCCCCCCCUCGCUCCCCGCUCAGCUCCUGCCUGUUUUUCUCGCAGGGGGUUGCUCCUUUGGCAGAAAUCCCAAUGUCUCGUGCAGCUUUUACUUAUGGUGGUGCAUCUUCCAAAUUCUUGAAGUGCACUUGAUGUUUUCAAAAGUUGCAUGUGAAUGUUUGGGAAACUAUGCUGGGGAAAGCAGCCGCGAAUCCUGGUGGCUUACUGUGAUUCUCUGAAUAAAUAAAUAAAAAAAAAUAUAUGUGUACCUUC